AUGACUACCAUGCCAAUUGAAAAGGUUGCCAUUGUGGGGGCCACCGGCAGAAUAGGAGGGGCCUUCGCUCAAGCUCUCCUCAAGACUGGCAUGCAUACGGUGACCGCUCUCACACGCCAGGAUAGCGAAGCCAAUGUGCCUGAUGGAGCUAAGAUCGCACGAGUCGAUUACGACGACGAGGCCUCGAUUCUCAGGGCACUUGAGGGUCAACAAUUCCUAGUCAUAACCCUCUCGGUCCGGGCGCCCGCCGACCUCCACGGCAGGAUUGCUGCGGCUGCGGGAAAAGCUGGUGUCGCGUAUAUUAUGCCCAAUGCUUUUGGGAACCCCGUCAGUUUGGAUGGCGUCAAAGAGACCGAGGUGAUGGGCAAGAUCAUGGUUGAAAGAAUCAAGGAGGCUCAAAACGGGACUUCGUCUUCAAUCACAAUGCCCUGCGGUUUUUGGUACGAGUGGAGCUUAGCCCUUGGUGAGCAGUGGUUUGGCUUCACGAUUAAAGACCGAAAAGUGACAUUUUUCGACGAUGGACGGCGAGUUAUCACAGUCACCACUUGGAAUCAAUGUGGCCGAGCUUUGGCUAGUCUGCUUAGCCUUCCAGAGUCGGGAGCAACCCCUUCACUUGCUCAGUUCAAAAACAAGGACGUCUUGAUCAGCAGCUUCCGAGUUUCACAGCGCGAUAUGCUUGACAGCAUUCAUCGAGUUCUCGGAACUAGCGAUGCUGACUGGGAGAUUACAUAUGAAACCUGUCAAAAGCGGAUCGCAGAUGGCGCUGCGGAGAUGGCCGAUGGUAAAUUCACUGGAUUUGCGAAGAUGCUCUAUGGGGGUGGCUUUUUGCCCAGUAAUGAACAAAGCGAUUUCGCCGGGAAGAUGAAGCUGGCAAAUGAGGAUCUGGGGCUUCCGGUGGAGGAUUUGGAUGAGGCGACUCAGAGAGCAGUGGACAUGCUAGCUGGUGGUUGGAAUCCCUUCCCCGGCGAAACUCUGCUUUAG